UCCCUAUAACAAGAAGGGCUAUUACUCCAUUCUGCUUGUGUUAUACAGAUCCCAGGAGUGUAAAGAUGGGCCACAUAAUAUCUGUGUUUGUCCGGGAGCUGCCUAUUACUUACAUAUUUGCUGGGAUUUUUCUACCCGUUACCUUGCUGCUGCUUAGCCUCAUUUCAUAUCUCAUGGUAAAACUAGAGGAAGUUAAUGAAGAGCUGGCUCAAAUACGCACCCCAAGAGAUUCUCUGCAGGAUUACUACCUUCAGUAUAGACGGAUACAGUCAUCUGAGAGCCAACGUCUCAAGAAAACUUCUUAAUCCAUAUUUUACUUCAUGCACAAGAACAGCAAAUGUAAUGUAAAACUGCUAACACAAAUCACUUGGGAAAAGGUGGAAGCUAGAAAUGACUGCUCAGAGGAACACGGGAAACAAAAGGUGUUGCCAAUUAGGAUGUCUUUCCUGGAAAACGCCGCUCAAGUGUGACUUAAAAGCGGGAGCUGUCUUAAAGGGAUCACAUGAUGAUUUUCCCAAGGAUACCGGCGAUGCCUGUGGACCUGGUCAUGCUCAAGUCGUUUGCAAUCUGCUUCUUUGCUCGUUCUGCUGCUAUAAAAUUACAGAUGUAUGCAGUUACAUAACAGUAUCUGUAAGCUAGGAACAAUACAAAGCUAUUCUAAGCUACAGCCUCAGUCUAAGGACAGUUAAGGCAUAUUUCUAGUCAAGAUUUCUAGUGAUUGUCAGGUACAUUUCCAGCCUUCAUAUCUUGGUAAAGUAGCAGGAUUUAUUUCAUGACACACUUACCUGACUACUUUAAUUCUAUCAGUAUUACCAUGGCAGGCAACGCUGGAAUCACUUCACAAGAGCAAUAAGUAAUAGAGGAGAAACAAUGAUCUACUGUGUGGGCGGUGUGAACACUUCCCUAGGCUGUAAAUAUAGAAAGUAGCAGUAUGUUUACUUUUUCUAUACAGGGAAAAUAUUCACACAUGCAAAGAACGGAACGGAGUCAAAUGGUGUCAUCCUAUUUUUUUUAGUCAUAAUUGAAAUGGCCGGGUGAAGAGAUACCAUUUGAAAGCAUUUCCAUUAGGUAGGGGCCUUCUAUAACCUUAAAGGGGUACUCCGGCGCUUAGAUAUCUUAUCCCCUAUCCAAAGGAUAGGGGAUAAGAUGCCUGAUCAUGUGGGUCCCGCCGCCGGGCAGGAUGAGACGUGUUCUCAUGCAUUAACCCCGUUAAUAAAUAGCAUGCACUGAAGUGUUUUUUUUACAUACCUUUUAUCAUAGAGUUCAAUUCACUUUGUAUUUCACUGGCUUUCAUCGUAAGCGGAUUGUGAUCGACACUACCCAUAAGGAUAAGGAUGAGAGGGCCAGAGAUGCAUGAGCACUGUGCUCAUGUGUCUCCGGUGCUCCCAUAGACAUGCAUUGAUGCAAUGAAAAUGAACGUAUACAUACAGGCCCCUGUAGUCAUCAUUGUAAAAUCACGUGAUGCAGCUGAAGCAUAUAGCCUAUACUUAUUUCCAGGUAAGGUAUGGCUGUAUGUGGCAGCCAAUUUGUAUGAUUCUGUUCUAUUUAUUUCUGUAUUGUUCUUUUGGCCAUGUUUGUUAUCUAUUGGCCAAUUCUGUUUUGUGAAAAAAAAUUCUGGAAAAAUUCAAUAAAAAUUAUUUGAAA